AUGUGUGCUGAUUUUCUAUGGUCUGGAUCUCCAACCAUCACUCACAAAGCGAAGGUGGCUUGGGAGGAUGUUUUCUCCCCAAAAGAAGAGGGUGGAUUAGGGCUGCACAAGUUCAGAGAUACAGCUCAUGUUGCUUGGACAAAGAAAUAUUUUCUCAAUGAUGGGACUUACUGGGACGUGAAGGAGGGCUCUGCUGGCUCCUGGGCUUGGCACAAACUCCUCAAGCUCCGUCAAAUGGCAUAUGACUGUCUCAAAUAUGAAAAGCUACGGGCAACAUUGAGACACAAUACUUGGGUGUCGAUCGCAGAUGUGGCAGAUGUGGCUACUAUAGCAGAUGUGGCUGAUGAGAAUGGUUGGAAGAUCAGAGCAAGAGGUCACCGGACUUUCCAUGACAUCUUUGAGAAAAUCUACGCAUUUCCAUUGCCAAAUAUUUCAGUCGGAGCAGAUAAAGUCUUGUGGCGUAGAGAUGAAACUAAUUAUCAGGACAGAUUCCACUCGGCGAGUACUUUGAACUAUCAGAGAAGUAAAAAGAAUAGAGUACCAUGGAGAAAGCUUGUGUGGUUCAGUCAAGCAGUUCCUCGCCACUCGUUUAUGGUAUGGCUCGCUCUAAGAAAUCAGUUGUCUACCGGAGAUCGAAUGUGA